UUUUGAAUGCCUCCUGCGGCUCAGAGUGCUGGCAGGGCGCUGGGAGUGUGAGUGAAUGUAGCCCCGCAGAGCCAAUGAGCUGGGACCGGAUGCGAUAUAUCCUCUGGGACAACAACUGCUCUGUUCCUCCUCAGAUCCACAUGACGCCAUUUACUGCUGCUUUUGCAGAGAGAUCACCCUACCUCCUCCGGAAAGGAACAGAGAGAGAGGGAGCGUGAGCAGAAAAACGCCAAGCCCCUGCAGCUCAGAUCUCAAAUCUUCCUCCUCCUCCAAACACACAACAGGCACCACCACAAAUCCGCUGCGCUUCCAAAACACCCCCUGAUUGCAAACCACAGCGCUGCCUGCAACACUCACACGCUCACAGAGGGAGCGAGAAAGCUAGAGAGAGAAGGGGAAGCUUGCAGCUUCUCAGCAGAACGGCUACAUUGCAUAGGCUGUUUUUUUGGAGGAGCUCAGUGGAAGAAAAGCUUUGGGAUUGUAUUUUAGAUCCACUUUGUUGUGUUUGCUUUGGCUUCUCCCUCCCCUCCCGCCCCUUGAUCAUUUGCAACAACAAAAAAAGUGACUUGGUAUUGGCGAUUGAGAAGUGGGGGAAGAGGAAACAGUGUAAGAGUGAUUUAUUUUUAGGAGCAAAGAAAUACCCAUCUGACCUGGAGACCUUUCAUAGAGGUUUAUAUUUAUAAUCGAUCUUGGGACAGUGAGGUCACUUUGCUCUGGAUUUUUUGAGAUGAUGGUGAUGAUGAUUUGCAAAUUGGACUAAAGCUGAGUUUGGAAAAGAUUUUUUUUUUUGCUGCUGCUGCUGCUUUAGGCUGGAUUUACUUGCAAACCGCAGGAAGAAGAAAACACGAGAGAGAGGGGGGGUUGGUGCAGUGCCGCGAUCACGGAGUUCAGAUGUGUUCUAAGCCUGCUGGAGUGACCACUCUUCAGGAUACUGAUGGAGACAAGAGCUCAGAAUGGCAGUGGGUCCCAGUCUUUGCUACAGGUUCGGCAUGACGGUGGGAGGCAGCAGGGAGACUCUGACCUGAGGGAUGUUCUGACACAGCAGGUUCAUGUGUUGUCACUGGACCAGAUCAGGGCCAUCCGAAAUACAAAUGAGUACACAGAGGGACCUACAGUGGCUCCGCGACCAGGAGUUAAACCUGCCCCUCGUCCAGCUAGCCAGCACAAAAACGAAAGACCACAUGGCUUGCCUGAACAUCGUCAUCUUACCAGGGUCCAACAUGCACAGGUACAUACUUCCUCCCGGGCACCCCUGUCCCGUUCCAUCAGUACGGUCAGCACAGGUUCACGGAGCAGUACAAGGACAAGUACAAGCAGUAAUUCAUCUGAACACAGACUUUUAGGAUCAUCUUCAGGGCCAAUGGCUGAUGGGAUAAUCAGGGUGCAGCCCAAGUCUGAGUUCAAAACAAGCGAUCUGAAGCCCCUGAGCAAAGAAGACUUGGGCAUGCAUGCCUAUAGGUGUGAGGACUGUGGAAAAUGUAAGUGUAAGGAGUGCACUUCUCCAAGGACCCUGCCAUCCUGUUGGAUCUGUGACAAGCAGUGUCUUUGCUCAGCCCAGAAUGUGGUUGAUUAUGGGACUUGUGUUUGCUGUGUGAAAUGCCUCUUCUAUCACUGCUCUAAUGAUGAUGAGGACAACUGUGCUGACAACCCAUGCUCUUGCAGUCAGUCACAUUGCUGCACUAGAUGGUCUGCCAUGGGCGUUGUAUCCCUCUUUUUGCCUUGCUUGUGGUGUUACUUACCAGCCAAGGGUUGCCUUAAAUUGUGCCAGGGGUGUUAUGACCAGGUAAACAGGCCCGGAUGCCGCUGUAAACACUCAAACACAGUUUGUUGCAAAGUUCCCAGUAUUCCCCCCAGGAACUUUGAAAAGCCAACAUAGCAUCACUAGUCGGGAAUACUAAAGUUAUAAGGAUUCUUCUAACACACAUAUGCAACCAACUAAACAGCUAUAACCUGGGCACUGUUAGUAGAAGGGUUGGGGGUAUACGAUGUUGUUUGCAGUGAACUGCUUUUCUGCAUGUGUGCCAUCUUAACUGAUCUGCUUGUUAGUACCCAGCUAAUGGAGCUCAAAUGUGGGAUGCAGUACUUUGUGACCCAUGUAUUGCAUAAGCUAAAGCAACACAGACACUCCUAGGUGACUCUAUUGUUUGUGAAUAGUACUUGCAAAAUUUGUAAAUUCGCAAAUGACUCCUUUUUUAUUGUUUUCUGCCAGAGAUAAUGUGCUAUAUUUUUGUAUAUACGAUAAUAUUUUCAACUGUGAAAAACAAGUCGUGUCAUAGAACAUGGCACAGUCACAAAAUAUUAUACUAAUAUGUUGUACAUUCGGAAGAAUGUGAAUCAAUCAGUAUGUUUUUAGAUUGUAUUUUUUGCCUGACGGAAACCCUCUAUUACAAGACUCUGAUUUCCCUUUGGACUUCAUGUAUAUUGUACAGUUUCAGUAAAAUUCAGCCUUUAUUUUCUAAUUUUUUUCAACAUAUUGUUUAGUGUAAAGAAUAUUUAUUUGAAGUUUUAUUAUUUUAUAAAAAAGAAAUAUUUAUUUUAAGAGGCAUCUUACAAAUGUCACCCCUUCUUAUGAGGACGUCAUAGUUGCUGCAAAUAAGGGGUGACAGAUGCAUAUGUUCACUAUAAAAUAGAAAAUAUAUUAACGUUUGAAAUUAAACUGGGCUGCUUGUCAUUUUUUUCCCCCCCCUUAUCUUUAUUGCUCUGAAUUGGAAAAUCUGAUUUGUGGGGUUUGUUGGUUUGUUUUGAAGGGGAAAA